AUGAGACCAGGCAAGCAAAUAACUGUCAAACCAUUGUUAAAUUCUGUCGCCGCGUUGGGAUGGUCUGUUUUGUCUGUAGAACAAGAGCGUUGUCGCCGUCGAGUAACUUAUCAGUGUUCUCCUACUUAUGAAGAUGGAGUUGCAGAAACCCACGAGAAAAGAACAAGAUUCUCUUUUCCACAAGAUCAGGAAUCAAUAGGCAAUACAAGUGAUAUUCAAGAGGCAAUUUCUGAAGUUGCUUCAAGUCAUUCUGUUGGUUCUUUGGAAAAUGAUAAUGACAAUUUUUCUGACAUGAUUUCUGCUAAUGUCAGUGGCCGUGGUACACCCAAUGUUAGUGGACGUGAUACUCCUCUGUCACAAGCUGAAAGUGUUGAGGAAAGAAGAGCACCAGAUCUACCAGAGACAGUCCAAAAGCAAAAUCGGGAAGAUGUCACUGAGAGAUUUGGAAAAUUUGAAAUUAAAGCAGAGUUAGAAAAGGAUGAAACCAAAUCGACUGUCAGUGAUACAUGGAGUACAGAUGUAUUGGCCAGUGAUUCUGAAGGCCCUGAUCAGAAUCAGUUAGAAAGAUUAGAAGAAGUCACAGAAGAAAUGGUACGACAGAAUUUACUGGGAGUUACUGAACCGGUAUCUGAAGUAUCUGAAACUGCUAGUGAUGCAUGGAGCACUGAUGUGUUAGCAAGUGACACAGAAGAAAAACAGGCAGAACUUUUGCAGGAGAUUGAUCAAGAUGAUGUGAGCAGUGUGACUGAUCGGUCAGUCACUCAAGAUGAAAUUGACAAUGCUGACACACCCGACAGAAAUGAAGUAACGCCUCUGGCUUCAGGUCGUGAGAGUCCAGUUGAAGAGCGUGAGCUGGAGGGUCUUGGAGCUGUGGGUGGUGUGUCAAGUCACCAUCACCACCAUCACCACCAUCGACAUCGACGAUCAUAUGGAACCGACAGAGUAACAUUCAAAGCUAACAAAAGUCCAGAUUUCUUUAAAAGAUCCCCAACAACCAAAUCUCCAUCACUGAAGAGAGUAGAUAUUGCUACACCUUUUCCAAUGAGGAGUAAUCAUCAUAGUUUUGAAGUAAAAAAUUCCUUGGAUAUAGAUCAGGACUUUGAUGAUGAUAAAGGGGAGAAAAAAAAAAGUUUCUUUAAAUCCUUCAAGGAAAAAUUAAACAAAGGUAUGAAAAAACGAGGGAAAAAUGAAAGAGAUGAUUUCUUUCCAGAAGAACUUGGUGCUUGUGGUGAUGGUUUUGAUGGAGGAGGUAAUGUGAUAAAGCCUCCUAUUUGUACAGAAACUGGAGAUGAUAUUCUUGCCAAAUAUCGUAAGAAACCCAGUGUAACAGCUUCCCAUAGUUUGAACAUGACUGAAGAAAGUACUAAGGAGAAACAUCAUUCUACAAAAGAAGAAGAAAAUGAAGUCCCUUAUUAUGAUCCAAACAAUUUAGAAAAUUGUUUUGCAUUCUCUGAUGUGAAAAGAAAACUACGUUUGGUGCUAAGUGUUGGUGAUUAUCAAAAUUGCUCUGUUGGUUAUCAUUCUUCAAGUUGGUGGAUACCAACUAGUCCAUGUGAUGAAGGAGCUACAAGUGAUGGCAGCCAAUGGAAAGAGAAUGAUCUUGUGCACAUUCUUCGUGCACAGUUGGCUGAAGCAAUUAACUUACGCAACAAAGAGAUGGUUGCUCAGCUGCAUGAAGUUAUCCGAUGUAUUCGAUUAUUUGAUAAUGAUGGAUGUAUGAAACUUUUUCGCUCUUUAGCAGAAGAGUAUAAAGGAAGAUCACAUUAUGUAGCUUAUUUGACUCGCUCUAAACAGGGACUGCUGACAAGCUUUCAUCACCUUCAAGGACUUUUACAGCGCGUACAAAGAGACAAGGAAAUAUGCAAUAAUCACAUGAGUAAUGUGUGUGUACAGCGUUUCAUUGAAAAUAAAGAUAAACUACUUUCAAAUUUCAUGUCAGACUUCCAAAGGCUUACCAUGUCAGAUGAAAAGGCUAACCUUGUAGAUCAGUUCCUUAAAAAUCUCUAUUACAACAUGGAAACUGAUCCUCUUUGGCAAGGUUCAAGUGAAACUCAGUUAGAAAGUGGGCGAAUUUCUCUGGAGCGCUAUGUGAUGGGCAGAAUAUAUACUCAUGCUAUGUUUCCUAAUGGUGAUGGAGACAUUAUGAGGGACCAACUCAUUCAUCAACACAUCAAAAAGCUAUCUCAGGUCAUUUCUCCAACUCAUAAGGAUUUAUGUAUUCCAAAGAUCUAUCAAUUUGAGUGUCCUUGGCCAGCAGCUCAGCGAGAAAUCCACAUGAUUAACGCGUAUAAGACUCCCAAAGACAAGGUGCAGUGUGUGUACCGCUGCUCUCUCUGCAUCAUGAACCUGCUGAGUAUGGCUAAUGACAGGAAGGUGCCUGCAGCUGAUGACUUUUUCCCUGUCCUCAUCUAUGUGAUUAUUAAGGCAAAUCCUCCUUGCCUUUUGUCUACGAUUCAAUAUGUAAACAGCUUCUAUGGUGAACGAGUAGCUGGUGAAGAACAGUAUUGGUGGAUGCAGUUCUUUUCUGCAGUGAAAUUCAUCAAAACCAUGGACUAA